CAAUCCAGUCACCCCUCCUUGGUAAACUGCGUCAAUGAUGUCCAGCAGGAAUUUGGGUUACGAACUCCACCCCAACCGUAGCUACACUUUAUUUGCAUAAAUAGACAGCAUUCCAAACUCACAUCUCUGACUGCGGCGGAGGCUUAACAUCGAUACGUUAUUUCUAGCUAGUAGAUACAAAGAACAUGAAGUACUAAGAGCAUAGUAUAUUAUUCUUAACAACACUUUGGCUACAUAGCGAGGGAGAAUGGUUGAGGUGAGAAGAAUCUGCUGUAUCGGGGCAGGCUACGUGGGCGGUCCCACAUGCAGUGUCAUCGCUCAGAUGUGCCCAGAGGUGACAGUCACAGUGGUGGAUGUUAACGAGGACCGUAUACGUGCCUGGAACUCUGAGAGCCUGCCCAUCUUUGAGCCUGGUCUACAGGAAGUGGUGAUGUCAUGUCGUGAUGUCAACCUCUUCUUCUCCACAGACAUUGACAAGGCCAUUAAAGAUGCUGACCUCGUCUUCAUAUCGGUAAAUACCCCGACUAAAACCUUUGGGAUUGGAAAGGGCAGAGCCGCAGAUCUUAAGUACAUUGAAGCUUGCGCGCGGAGAAUUGCCGACGUGUCCGUUGGCUGUAAGAUUGUGGUGGAGAAAAGCACCGUACCUGUCCGGGCGGCAGAGAGCAUCCGACGCAUCUUCAACGCCAACACAAAAAGUAGCCUAAACUUCCAGGUGCUGUCGAAUCCUGAGUUUCUUGCAGAGGGAACGGCCAUCUCCGAUCUGAAGAACCCCGACAGGGUCCUGAUUGGAGGGGACGAGUCUCCGGAGGGGCAGCACGCCAUAGAGGCCCUGAAGAGCAUAUAUGAGCACUGGGUUCCCAAGAACAAGAUCAUCACCACCAACACGUGGUCCUCUGAGCUCUCCAAAUUGGCAGCCAACGCUUUCCUCGCGCAGCGGAUCAGUAGCAUUAACUCCAUCAGUGCCCUGUGCGAGGUGACUGGGGCUGAUGUGGAGGAGGUGGCCCAUGCCAUUGGGACAGACCAGAGGAUAGGCAGUCGCUUCCUGAAGGCUAGUGUUGGUUUCGGUGGGAGCUGUUUCCAGAAGGAUGUCCUCAAUCUUGUGUACUUAUGUGAAGCCUUGAAUCUUCCAGAGGUGGCGAGAUAUUGGCAACAGGUGAUAGAGAUAAACGAUUAUCAGCGAAAGCGCUUCUCCUCGCGGAUCAUUAGCUGCCUGUUCAACACAGUGACGGACAAGAAGAUAGCCUUGCUCGGAUUCGCUUUCAAGAAAAACACCGGGGACACACGGGAGUCUUCCAGUAUUUAUAUCAGCCGUCACCUGCUGGAUGAGGGAGCCUGUCUACACAUUUAUGACCCCAAGGUGAAAGCAGAGCAGAUCAUGCAAGACCUGACUACGCCUUUUCCAGGACAUGACCCUGUCAGAGUUUCUCGACUUGUAACCGUUGUUACUGACCCAUACAAGGCCUGUGAGAAUGCCCAUGCCAUUGUUAUCUGCACAGAAUGGGACAUGUUCAAGGAACUUGACUAUGAACGAAUCUACAAGGCUAUGUUGAAGCCGGCAUUCAUCUUUGAUGGUCGGAGAAUCCUGGAUGAUCUUCAUGACACACUCCAGCAUAUUGGCUUCCAGGUGGAGACUAUUGGGAUGAGAGUGAACCAGAGAAUGGUUCUCACUGCUAGUGGCGACAGACCAGAGAUGGCCCAACAGCAGCCAUUGAAGAAAAUGAAACUUUGAGGUGGUCUAAAGGGGCAGAGUGGAAAAGGAGGGAACACAUCUGCAGUAUUUUCUACUGCAACGAUAGACAUUUCCCUUCAACGUAGGGCAGUCAUAGCAUGAAACCUUUUGUGUCACAUCGCUAUAGCAGUGACACAAUAGCACGCCAAGCUAUCAUUAGCUCUUUUUGUAAUCAAAAAUUUCAGUACCCUCACGUCUUUUGUUGUUGGCUGGUUUUAAAUAAUUGUGUUCGCUAUGAUCAAAGUUAGAGAGACACAAAAAUCUUACGUUUUAGGGAAUGCACCUUUUUUGUAUGGCGACAGCACUUUGGCUUCUGUUUGGUCUUUGUCUGUUGGUCAACUUAUCAGUUGGGUUGAUGUACUUCUUGAAGGGGAGAAGUAGCUACAACUGAUCAGUGUGAAAUGUCAUUUUAUAACUGUCUUCAAGUUUUCUUCCCAAAAAGUAUUCCUGAAAAACCAAACUCUUUUUGUUUUAAAUAACCGAUCCCAGAUCUCUAUAUAUGUAUCAAUACUGUUUUUGUGAAAUGAAAUCUCAUUUACAUGUGAAUUUCAACUGAUAUAUGCAAUAUAUAUACAAAUAUUUUAGAACUUUGUAAAGUAAUCUGAUUUUACAUGCAGAAUAAAAAGCCUUUUCUAAACGA